AUGUGGUUUUCAUGGUGGGGAUGCUCAAAGAUUAAAUUGGUAAAUGUGGAAUUAACAGCUAUUAAUGGAUUGACAAUUACAAUUCCUUGUGAAAAAAAUAAUGCUGGUGGUUUUAAAGAUUUAAAUAAUUCUGGUAGGGUUAUAGACAUUCCACCUGACAAUAAAAGAAAAUUAAUACCUGUCUCAGAUGUCAUCAAUUACAUAUCUAAAAGACCUCAAGGGUCAACAAGUGGUAUUGCUGCUUAUCAAACAUUCACUAAGCAAAUUAUGCAUGAAACUAUAAAUAAAAUGAUUCCUGAUAAAUGUGAUGAUUUCAAUUCCAAUCCUGGUUCAAACAAAUUUAAAUCAUGA